GGUGGGAGCGAGGCUGCGGCUGCGCUCAGCCUGAGAGUGCCCGCCUGAGGAAGCGCUACAGGCUGCUGCUGAGCGUGUAGCUUUUCCAGGGGCUCAGUUCCCAGCCAGACACCCCUUGGCCUCCCUUUUUUGUGGAGAGGGGAAGUUUUUGUCUUAUCUUGAAAGACCUGGGCUGGGUUUCCUCUCCUUUUUGAUUUUUUAAGUAGUUACCCCCCUGAGAACUGACUUCAAAGAAAGCAGAGUGGUCCGCAUGCUAGACCGAAGACAGGAUGACAGUUUCUGAGACUGACUAAUAACGCCUCAGGUAACCCCCCGCCGCCACCACCCCAUGCAAAAUGCCUUUUAAAGCAUUUGAUACCUUCAGAGAAAAAUUUCUGAAACCUGGAAAAGAAGGACUGAAGAAUGCCGUGGGAGAUUCGUUGGGAAUUUUACAAAGAAAAAUCGAUGGGACCAAUGAGGAAGAAGAUAACAUCGAGCUGAAUGAAGAAGGAAGGCCAGUGCAGACAUCCAGGCAGAGGCCCCCACUCUGCAACUGCCAGUGCUGCGGUAUACCCAAGCGCUACAUCAUCGCCAUCAUGAGCGGGCUGGGAUUCUGCAUUUCCUUUGGGAUUCGGUGUAAUCUUGGAGUUGCCAUCGUGGAAAUGGUCAACAACAGCACUGUAUUUGUUGAUGGAAAACCAGAAAUUCAGGCAGCACAGUUUAAGUGGGAUCCAGAGACGGUGGGCCUUAUCCAUGGAUCUUUUUUCUGGGGUUACAUUGUGACACAAAUUCCAGGUGGUUUCAUUUCAAACAAGUUUGCUGCUAACAGGGUCUUCGGAGCCGCCAUCUUCUUAACAUCAGCCUUGAACAUGCUCAUUCCUUCUGCGGCCAGAGUGCAUUACGGCUGUGUCAUGUGUGUCAGAACCCUGCAAGGCCUCGUGGAGGGUGUGACCUACCCAGCCUGCCAUGGGAUGUGGAGCAAGUGGGCACCACCUUUGGAGAGAAGCCGACUGGCCACAACCUCUUUCUGUGGAUCCUAUGCGGGGGCAGUGAUUGCCAUGCCCCUGGCUGGGGUGUUGGUACAGUACAUUGGAUGGGCCUCUGUCUUUUAUAUUUAUGGCAUGUUUGGGAUUAUUUGGUACACAUUUUGGCUGUUGCAGGCCUAUGAGUGCCCAGCAGCUCACCCAACAAUAUCUGAAGAGGAGAGGACCUACAUAGAGACAAGUAUAGGAGAAGGAGCCAACUUGGUUAGUCUAAGUAAAUUUAAUACACCAUGGAAAAGAUUUUUCACAUCAUUGCCAGUUUAUGCAAUUAUUGUGGCAAAUUUUUGCAGAAGCUGGACCUUUUAUUUGCUGUUAAUAAGUCAGCCUGCUUAUUUUGAAGAGGUCUUUGGAUUUGCAAUAAGUAAGGUGGGCCUCUUGUCAGCAGUCCCACACAUGGUUAUGACCAUUAUUGUGCCCAUAGGAGGACAAUUGGCUGAUUACUUAAGAAGCAGAAAAAUUUUGACCACAACUGCUGUCAGAAAAAUCAUGAACUGUGGAGGUUUUGGCAUGGAGGCAACUUUACUUCUGGUGGUUGGCUUUUCCCAUACCAAAGGGGUGGCCAUCUCCUUUCUGGUGCUUGCUGUCGGAUUUAGUGGCUUUGCUAUUUCAGGUUUUAAUGUCAACCACCUGGACAUUGCCCCCCGCUAUGCCAGCAUUCUCAUGGGGAUCUCAAAUGGAGUGGGAACCCUCUCGGGGAUGGUCUGUCCCCUCAUUGUUGGCGCAAUGACCAAGCACAAGACCCGUGAGGAAUGGCAAAAUGUGUUCCUCAUAGCUGCCCUGGUGCACUACAGUGGCGUGAUCUUCUAUGGGGUCUUUGCUUCAGGGGAGAAACAGGAGUGGGCUGACCCUGAGAAUCUCUCUGCGGAGAAGUGUGGAAUCAUCGACCAGGAUGAAUUAGCUGAGGAGGCAGAACUCAGCCAUGAGAGUUUUGCAAGUCCCAAAAAGAAGACGUCAUAUGGCGCCACCACCCAGAAUUGUGAAGUCCUCAAGAAGGAAUGGAGAGGAGAGAGAAGAGUGGCCCUCGAGGAGGAAGAGCUGACGUCCUACCAGCAUGAAGUGGGACCCUUCGCAGACACAUCCUAGUGGUUGAGGCGCACUUCCAUACCCUCCUCAUCUUAGAACCGGAAAGUAUCCUUACCUGCUGCCUUCCCAUAGCCCAGCUCGCCAGAGGGUCGAAGAUGUGAAUGCUAGAGGUAGGAGGGGGAGGAGAGGAGAUUUAAUUAGCAAUAGAAAAGAGGAAAAUAUUAUCUUUUAAUGAAAUGGUUGUGGAGCUUGCUCUCAGUUGGCACCAGGGGCAUACAAAGAAUACAUGUUUUGAUUAGCAGUUGACUUCUCUCAAAGAACUGAACUUACACAGAUAGGAAUGACUAGAAGGAUAAGGGAGACAAUACCACACUGUUCAAAGAAAAAUAAAAGGAAAUGGGGAUAUUUGGCUUGGAGGAGAGAAAACAAUAGCUGUCUCCACAUUGUCUGAGGGUAGCCAGGCAGAAGAGGGUUUCCUGUUACAAAGGCUGCUGCUCACGGAGGCACUGUAUUGUGCCAGGUGCUUUAUGAACAUUCUUGUUUGAUUUCCACAUCCCUAUGACAUACAUGAUCUCCAUUUUACAACUAAGGAAGCUAAGGCAACAAGAUACUGAUUUGCCCAAUGUCAUCCUGCCAGGGCCAGUGCUAAAGUUAGUGGAGUUCAAAAUAGGAGGCUAUUUUGGGGAAGAAGUGUUCACCUCAGGGCAGAGAAGACAUUUUAAAUAAUGAAAAUUGAAAAUGCGCUGGGUGGUCUUGUGGCUAAUCCCCUAUUUUGGCUGUCAUGGGAGUUGGGAAACACCUGGGCUGAUAUGGCAGAAAGCAUUAAAACAUUGUAUAUAUAAGGGGCUGGAUUCAAAGACCCUUAGGGUCCUAUUUUUAUGCUUGAAAAGUCAAAUGAGUCUGUGAAUUCAUAGUUUUUUUUUUAAGUAAUAAGGGUUGCAGACUAUGUGAGAGAUUCAAACAGGUUAAAAGAAAAAAAAAAAGAAGAAAAAGCUAAACAAGAUACCCAGAUUUCCAGGAAUCUGAUGAUAAAGGUGGCUUAGCUGUUAAAAUUCAGAAGAAGUAAAGAAAGGCUUAGCUAUUAAAAUUCAACCCUUCAUAAUAUCAAGAAUAUGAUUAAAUAAUAUCUCAAACUAUGUGCAAAUCUUUAAAACAUUUAGUAAUUUAAGCCACCAGUUCGUGUGUUUAAUUAGGUAAAAUUCUCUUGAAAGAGUCUUCUGUUUAUAAAAGUACAUGUCUUCAGCCAUUUGUGCUGCUGAUAUUGGGAAGUUUUAUUAAGUUAUAUGAAAUCAUGAUUGAAGUAUUCCUAGACUGUAUUUGGAAUGAUAUUCAGGGAAACCACAAUAAUAUAGCAGUAGUUAUAUAGAGAAGUUACUAGAAUGAAAACAUCUGUGACAACUAGACCCAUAGUGUUGAAAAAUUCAUCUUUGCAUAGGGCAAUAACAUGGCUACUCUCUAGAUAUAUUUUAAAAUGUAAUGAUAUUUUAAAAUUUAAUGUUGGCAUGUAAAGGGUUGUUUGAAAAUAAAAUUAU